CAAACGAACGUCUUGUGCGGAUUUGCGAUAUUAUAAAAGUGCAUUCUAAAAGUGCUCCCAGUUUUAAUUAUAGCUGUGCAUCCAUAAGUGACAUUCUUAUGAUCUAUAUGAGAUACAUUCUUGCUUAGCAUUGGUUUCAAAGGAAAAUGCAGGCAAUUUGUGCUUGGAAAUUGUUGCUGCUGCUUUCACUGUUUUCAGUGAACAGCUCAACGCACGCCCUGAAAAUCUUGGGCCUCUUUCCCCAUCCAGCGCUCAGUCAUUUUCAGUUCUUUCAGCCACUGAUGCGGCGACUGGCCGAAACGGGCCACAAUGUGGAUGUGGUCAGUCCAUUUCGGUAUAUACAUCCGCCGACGGGCUACAAGGACUACGCCCUGCCCAGCGCCAAUUUGAAUGAUAAAAUUGGCUUCGAUAUGUUUGAGAAAGUUGCUAUGCCCCAUCUGAUGCCCUUCACCGAGUUCUUCAUUCUGCACGGUUAUGGCAAGGCUGCCUGCAAUACCACGCUGAAUAGCGCGGCACUUGCGCAGAUACUCAGGCAUCCGACUGGCUACUAUGACGUCAUCGUUCUGGAGCAGUUCAAUACGGACUGCAUGAUGGGUGUGGCACAUCAGCUGCAGUCGCCAGUUGUGGCCAUGAGUAGCUGCGCCCUGAUGCCCUGGCACUACGAACGCAUGGGCGCACCGAUAAUACCCUCCUAUAUGCCAGCCUUAUUCCUGGGUGAAUCGCAGCAUAUGCACUUUGCUGGUCGCCUGGGCAAUUGGUUAACCACGCACGCGCUCAAUUGGCUCUAUGGCUGGUACAGCGUGCCCGCCGCCGAUGCGCUGCUGCGUCAGAGAUUUGGAGCGGGCCUGCCCAGCACUGGUGAGCUGGUGAAGAACACUUCGCUUAUGCUCGUCAAUCAGCAUUACUCGCUGAGCGGAGCCAAGCCGCUGCCGCCGAAUGUCAUCGAGGUGGGCGGGCUGCAUGUAAGCCAGGCCAAGCCUUUGCAUGAUGCACUGCAACAGCUGCUGGACAAGGCCAAGCAUGGUGUCAUAAUCAUAAGCUGGGGCUCCCAGCUGAGAGCCAACACGCUGUCCGACGCCAAGCGCGAGGGCCUGCUGCGUGCCUUGGCGCGUCUACCGCAGCAGAUCAUCUGGAAGUGGGAGAACGUGACUCUGGCCGAACAACCACCCAAUGUGCAUAUCAUGAAGUGGCUGCCACAGCGCGAUCUGCUGGCGCAUCCCAAUGUGCGGCUAUUCUUCACACACGGCGGUUUGAUGGGCGUCACAGAGGCCGUGGCCAGCGGCGUGCCCAUUCUGGGCAUGCCCGUCUAUGGCGAUCAGCAUCUGAAUGUGGCCGCCCUGGUGGAGCGUGGCAUGGCCGUGCGACUAGACUUUGAACGCCUCCGCGAGCAGACGGCAUUCGAGGCAUUGUCUCAGGCGCUGGAUGCCAAAUACAAGCGGCAGGCGCAAAAAAUUGCCGCCGCCUACAACGAGCGUCCACAACUGGCGCUGGAGACCGCUCUGUGGUGGGUGCAACAUGUGGCCGAGACACGUGGCGCACCGCUGCUGCAGUCCGGCGCGGUACGACUCAAUCGCUUCGUCUACUACUCGCUGGACGUCUAUGUGGCCCUGGCCUGUGCGCUGCUUCUAUUCCUGGCCAUCGCCACUGAAAUCUGGCGACGUUGCUGCAAGCGCAAGCAGCCAGUGGAGAAGCCCAAGCGCAGCUAAUUAGCUGGAAUGGCUGGAACAGAAAAUAAAGUUAUAUACAGUGAAUGCUCUAGACUAACGGAGAGCUUACUUGGAGGAACUGCGUCUUUAGCCAACAAAUUUGAUUUCUCCUUGGGCGGACGCAGGAAUCCCCUUUAGAACCUUCCAAAACAGCAAUAAAAGUUGAUGGAAUGAAAACGCUUUAUCCAAAACCUGUGAAAUAGUUAUUCGUUGGCGACUUCUCCUUCCAGUCAGUCUCCUUCGAGUCUCGUUUAUGUGUUAUCUAAUUUCAUUUGUGAGCAUAAUUUAACCUGAUGAUCGCAUCAAUCAAAUAU